CUGCUCUGCGGCUUGCGACACCUAGCGGUAGACGUGGAGGCUUUCACCUGAAACAUCCUCAGCUGUCACUUUAUCACAUGAACACGCCUGCUGCUGAUAUCGGCCUCUGGAAUGCAAAGAUACAGCAGAGUCAUGCUUUCCUAACACAAGCAGGAAUGUGAAUAUAAAAGAUGGCCACACAGCAAUGAUCUGCUGCGGGAGAUUCUGCUUUCAGCUGUAUUUGCUGUCUUGAACACACCCCUGCUGAGCACCCCGAUAUUAUUGUUGAAGGGGAAUAAUGGCUGCACAGUCUGAGCCGUCUCCACCAUCUUCCCUGGAAGGAAACAAACCGGGCUUCCCAAAGAAAAUCCUCGCCAACAACCUGGAAGACAAACAUCUGUGCAACUCGUGUCAGAAGGUGCUGAGGAGGCCUCUGCAGGCUCAAUGUGGGCAUCGCUUCUGCUCCUUCUGCUUCAACAAAACAGUGAGCUCCGGGCCUCAGAAAUGCAGCGCCUGUAUUAAAGAAGACUUGUUUGAAGAGCCCACCUCAAUUCUGAAGCAAGGUGGUGCUUUCCCUGACAACGCAGCACGGAGAGAGGUGGAGGCUUUGGCAGCUGUCUGUCCAAAUGAAGGAUGCACUUGGACGGGAACGAUCAAAGAAUUUGAGGCCAGCCAUGAAGGUAACUGUGACUUCAUGAUCAUUCUGUGUCCGUCCUGCAAAGAGCUGAUGAGAGCCAACGAACAGGAGCGCCACAACGAGAGAGAGUGUCCAGAGAGAACGCUCAACUGCAAGUACUGCAAAGAGCCUUUCCUGUUAAAGAACAUCAAGGCUCAUGAUGAAAUCUGUCCGAAGUACCCGAUGAUCUGUGAAGGUUGUGCAAAGAAAAAGAUUCCCCGAGAGAAGUAUGUGGACCAUAUUAAGUUCUGCAGUAAAUUUAAAGCACCAUGCAGAUUUCAUGUUGUUGGCUGCGAUACGUCUGUGGAGAAAGAGAAGAUCCACGACCACGAGCGGCAGUGUUCUUAUGAGCACCUCAACCUGCUCCUCCACUUCAUCAUGGGCAUCAAGGUGAGCCUGGAGAGCCUGCAGCCCCAGAGUCUGGAGGUGGCCAGCCACAAGCUGCAGGAGCUCCACCAGUCCCUGAGAGACCUGGAGCUGAAGAUGAGCCAGCUGGGUGGGGGUGGGGGUGGUGCGGCUCCCGUGCAGGGUGCCUGUGCCCCGACCCUGGCCACCUCCUUUACCCCCCUGCCCAGUGCCAUGGGCGCCGCCCUGGAGCUGCAGCUUCAGAGUGAGAAGACCAAGGUAGCCGAGCUGAGCCGACGCUGCCAGGAGCUGGAGCUCAAAGUCAGCACGUUCGAGAACAUCGUCUGUGUCCUCAAUCGAGAGAUGGAGCGCUCGUGCACCACCAUGGAGGCUUAUAACCGCCAACACCGCCUAGACCAGGACAAGAUCGAGAUCCUCAACAACAAGGUUCGUCAGCUGGAGAGGACGGUGAGUCUGAGGGAUCUGUCCAUCGUGGAGAUGGACGGUAAGAUGAGGGAAAUGUCUGCAGCAACGUACGACGGCAUCUUUGUGUGGAAGAUCUCUGAUUUCACCAAGAAGAGACAGGACGCUGUGGCCGGCCGGGCUCCUGCCAUGUUCUCUCCAGCCUUCUACACCAGUAAAUACGGCUACAAGAUGUGCCUGAGAAUCUACCUGAACGGCGAUGGUACGGGCCGCGGCACCCACCUGUCUCUGUUCUUCGUGGUGAUGAGAGGACACAGCGACGCACUCCUCAAGUGGCCUUUCAACCAGAAGGUCACCCUCAUGCUGCUGGACCAGAACAACAGGGAGCACAUCAUCGACGCCUUCCGGCCCGACAUCUCAUCUUCGUCCUUCCAGAGGCCGGUCAGUGAUAUGAACAUUGCCAGCGGGUGUCCGCUCUUCUGUCCGCUCUCGAAGCUGGACUCCAAAAACUCCUACAUACGCGAUGACACCAUCUUCAUCAAGGCCAUCGUAGACCUCACGGGGCUCUAGUUCAGCCGUGAGGGCGUAAACACAAGCCUGCAUUUUGGUCGCUUCAGCAGUUUGAUUCACCUUUAGGCUUUGUUUCCUCCAGAAUCUGACACUUCUUCUUCAGGUCUGAGUAAUACUUCUGGAGGGAUGUUAUGCUUGUAAACUAAGCAGUCAACAUGUUCAGUUUGAUAAGACAUGGAUGGAUCCACAUUGAUUCCUUAAAUGGUCUGUGGACUGCUCCUUUAAGGCCUUCAGUUUGGUCUUCUUGGUUCGUUAAAUUGAGUUAAAAGUUCCAAUAUAUGAGCAAAAGAUGGAAUCUGUAAUGUGCUGCGUCUUUCUUGAAUAAAAGUAUUGCCAUGGUGAGGAUUUAGGCAGUGACAGUAA